GGGAUAACACGUACCUCCGAUCGCAUACCGGUAUGAGGAAAAAUAUUAAAUAACAGAGUAAUUAAAAAUAUUUUUCAAUUAAAAAAUUGUCAAACAAAAUUUUUCUUCCACUCAUAACAACCGAUUAUUACAGAUUAAUCGAUUUUUGUUUUUAUCGCGGUGAAAGUGACGUGACUUCCUACCGGAAGUUGUGGAGAUCCGGUGGAAGUGAUUCGAAUUAUUGAUUUAUUUCUCAUGCAUGAGAUCCGUGAAUGAUUGGUGAAUUUUGGAUUUUAUUUUAGAAAGUUUACGGCAAUUUUCACUCUUGUUUUUUGUGGAAUUGAAUGAAUGAAGGAGAUGGAGGGGGGCGUCCACGGGCGCCGGGUACAUGGGCUCAGGCGGGAAUUUUUUAAACCUAUGUCGGAAUUCCCCGCUGACACAGAGAACGGCGACAUGCAGGCGGUGAUGGAAAAUUUUCAGAAAAAAAAUAAUUUGGUCAGCGGGAGGUCCCAUCACCUCCCACAAGUCACGAGUUCUUCACAGUUGCUGAAUCAGAGUCAGAGUAGCAGCAGCACAAGUAGCACAACAACGAGCAGCAGAGUUGCUAAAUCCUCCCAGAGGAUUCUAACAUCAUCAUCGUCGAGUGAAAUGAAAGCAAGCUCCAUGAAGAGUGACUUGACUGAAUUAAAAAGAGGAAUUUCCGAGAUGAAGAAUAUUUCUACCAAGUUCUCGAGAUUGAGAAAUAGUAUGGAGAAUCUCGUUGACAGGGAGGGGAGUGUCACCGAGGAAGACGACCUGUCAGAGCCCCUGGUGACAUUUCCUGAUCCAGACACACCUCCACCGGUCUCUGGACCUGGAACUCUGACAGUCGGUUCCCCAACACAACUAGGAACUCUAAAUCCCCUCAACAAUCUUCACAGCAUCACACCGACAAUAAAUAUGUCGACAAUCGGUCUGACCGGUGGCCAAGAGACAAUGAAAUUCGAGCAGAAGAAGAUGACGAGUGCCUCGAAGACCAAGGUUGUGACUGAUGGAUUCAGUGCGGAGAAAGCAACAGCAAACAGCGCAGAGAUGCGUGCACUGCAAGCCGGUGAUGUAUCGUAUAAAGAGGAAAGUGCAGCGACCGCUGCACGAGCUCGGGUCGAGGUCGAUGGAGUUUCGGCUGAGAAAAGCGUCGCCUCGGCAAGGGAGCAAAGGAGUUUGAAGACGAAUGAUUUGUCUCAUCAGGAGAGCAAUAAUGUCGCGGCGACCAGCAUGAAACUACAAAGUGACUCUUUCAGUACAGAAAAGAAAGCGAUGGCAGCGCAACAACAGCGCCAAACAGUCACUUCAUCCGGCAUCUACAAUCAUGAGAAGCACAUGGCGUCGUCUUCGCAAUCCUCGAUAACAAUCGCGAAAGGUGUCACUUCGAAAUCAUCGAUGAUAACCGCGGCAAAUGCUGUAAAUCAGCUUAUGAACGGUAAGCGUCCGCAGGAGGAAGAGCUCCUGACGAUGCCACUGGAUGAUUUGGACCACCUCUGUUCAUCCUCAAAGCAGUCGGACGUAGACCGUGCCCGGGCCAAAUACUCAGGUUUCCUCGACCACUUCGUGGACCGCCUGAAGUCUCUCGAGAAUUCCACAUCACCGACCGCACCACUCCUCCUAAAUCGCGUCAACGAUAUAAUCCGAAAGGCUUGGGCUGUCCCGACACACGGCCACGACCUGGGCUACACUCUCUGUAACACCCUCCGCACGCGCGGUCUCCUGGACCUCCUGGUAACCAACUGCAUGGCAACGGACCAGGAGCUGCAAUUCUCGUCGGCGCGCUUGCUCGAGCAAUGCCUGACAACAGAGAAUCGCGCUCACGUGGUGGACCACGGUCUGGAGAAAGUUGUGAAUGGUGCAUGUGUUUGUAUAAAAAAUACAAACUCCGUGGACCAUUCGCGCGUGGGUACCGGUAUCCUUGAGCAUCUGUUCAAACACUCCGAAGUCACCUGCAGCGAUGUCAUCCGCCUCGGUGGUCUCGAUUCCGUUCUUUUCGAGUGCCGGAAGAAUGACGUCGAAACGCUUCGUCAUGUUGCUGGUGCCCUGGCUAAUCUGUCGUUGUACGGUGGUGCCGAUAACCAGGAGCAAAUGAUCAAAAGGAAAGUGCCGGUCUGGUUAUUUCCCCUGGCCUUUCACAACGACGACAACAUCAAGUACUACGCUUGCCUCGCCAUCUCCGUUCUGGUCGCAAACAAAGAGAUUGAGGCAGCUGUCGAAAAGAGUGGAACUCUCAAUCUCGUCGAGCCCUUCGUCACAUCUCACAAUCCCUAUGAAUUUGCAAAGUCAAAUCUUGCGCAUGCUCAUGGACAAUCGAAAAAUUGGUUGGAGCGUCUGGUACCGGUUUUAUCAUCGAAACGGGAGGAGGCACGUGCCCUCGCUGCGUUUCACUUCUGUAUGGAGGCGGGUAUAAAGCAACAGCAGGGAAACGAAGAGAUAUUCAAAGAAAUUGGGGCAAUUGAGCCCCUGAAGAAGGUAGCAAGCUGUCCAAAUGCCGUUGCGUCGAAGUACGCUGCCCAAGCUUUGAGGCUGAUUGGUGAGGAGAUACCGCACAAGUUGAGCCAGCAAGUGCCCCUGUGGAGUACCGAGGACGUCAGGGAGUGGGUGAAACAGAUCGGCUUCACCGAGUAUGCGGACAACUUCGUGGAGAGUCGGGUUGAUGGAGAUCUCCUUCUUCAGCUCACCGAGGAGAAUCUUAAGGAGGACAUCGGUUUGACCAAUGGCAUAAGGCGGAGGAGAUUCACCCGGGAGCUUCAGAAUCUCAAACGAAUGGCCGAUUACAGCAGUCGUGACAAUGGCGAUCUCAAUUCACUUCUUCAGUGUGUCGGGAAUGAGUUCUCGAUUUACACCUACGGCAUGCUCAAUGCUGGUGUUGACAGAGAGAAUAUCAGGAAUAUCAGUGAGGAUCAGCUGCUCACUGAGUGCGGCAUCACCAACAGUAUUCAUAGACUUAGGAUCAUGGACGCUAUCAAGAAUAGCCAGCAGAAUCAACUAAAUUCGUGUGAGAAUCAGAGUCCCGACAAGAGUCUGGAUGUAUUUGUCAGUUAUCGACGGAGUAAUGGAUCUCAAUUGGCUAGCCUGCUCAAGGUUCAUCUCCAGUUGAGGGGAUUCUCCGUUUUUAUUGAUGUGGAGAGGCUCGAGGCCGGCAAGUUUGAUAAUAAUUUGUUGCAGAGUAUUAGACAGGCCAAACACUUUCUACUCGUCUUGACGCCCAAAGCGUUGGACAGGUGUAGUCAAGAUAACGAGUGCAAGGAUUGGGUACACAGGGAAAUUGUCGCGGCACUCCAGUCUCAAUGCAAUAUCAUUCCGAUUAUCGAUAACUUCCAAUGGCCUGAGCCCGAGGAGCUUCCGGAGGACAUGAGGCAGGUCUGUCAUUUCAAUGGAGUACGAUGGAUUCAUGAUUAUCAGGAUGCGUGCGUGGACAAAUUGGAAAGGUUUAUGCGAGGGGAACUCCCAGCAGGUACGUCCAUGGCCGGUGUACCUAGGGGAAUGGUAUCCAAGGAUGUGACAACUCCUAGCACUCCAGGUAGUGCCAACAUGAGACAUCCACCUAGUUACCAGAGAAUGCACAGCAAUGAGAGCCGCGGCAGUGACAAGGACUCAUCGGGUGGUAGAGAUUGACUAGAAGGCCCCCCCACAGCUAUUCCAAACAGACUGAGGAAGACUUCGAGUCCUGGCUGGCUGAUGAGCAUCCCGCCAACGUCUCCACGUCUCAAGUUCGUCCACACACAUCCUGGAAGGGGUCCAAUUCCCCAGAGACCACCCAGGCAUCCAACCACGCCCACGAACCGAUCAAAAUCCCUAGAACUCUUGGACGAACCAGAGAACCUCGAGAAGAUCCAGAGGAUCUUCACUUCAAGACCUCCACCACUUCCCAGACCUCGCUCCAGGAGUCUAGAUGGCCUCCUCGACGAUGAUCUUCAUGAAAAACUCCCAGAAGGUUUGAAAAAAUCGGACAAUUCCUCAAACGGGAAAAAAAUACACAAUUCGAAUGAAAAUUUAUUAGAUACUCGCCGAAUAUCCCCGAGUC